AUGACUACUACAGUAAUAAAUCGGACUUCAGCUUCAACUUCUUCCAUACGACUUAAUAUCUUCACCGAACAAAUGACGCCUCACCAACCUCCUUUCCCAACCUACCUCCUCCCUGCCUUCUCCUUCCCCUUCACGCGCCGAAAGUCCUCAACCACAUCCAACUCCAGCACCUCCGAAGCAUCCGUGCCCUCCCUAACCUCCUCACCCCGCUCCUCCUUCUCAACCCCAUCCUCAUCACCGACCUCCGCCUCACCCCUCACCGCACAUUCGAACCUCCACCACGCUCUCCAAGGCAUCCCGGAGAGCGAAGAAGCCGGAAUCGAAACCAGGUUACGGAAAGCAGCACCAAAUACCCUGAAAUGCCUCAAAUGCUCCACAGAAUUAGCUUUCACAUCCCAAAUCGUCAGUAAAGGCUUCACCGGCCGCCACGGGCGUGCAUAUCUCGUCGCCCCUCCUCCUUCCUCACCAUUACACCAUGUCUCCACUCCUUCGUCCGCAAAGAACAAUGGCAAACCUCUACCUCCACCUUUACCCCCAACAGAUCUAAUAAACACGAAUAUGGGAAGGGCUGUCAACAGAGAUCUCCUAACAGGCGCCCACGUAGUCGCAGACGUAAGCUGCAGGAUAUGCAACACGAUCCUGGGUUGGAAGUACGUGGAUGCGCGGGAGCCGGCGCAGCGAUAUAAGAUUGGGAAGUUUAUCCUGGAGAUGAAGCGUGUUGUACCUGGCAUUUGCUGGGAGGAUAUCUCUUGGUCCCAAGACAAAGAUAAUGGAGAACAGGAUGGGUAUGGAGAGGAAGAGGGGAAUGCCAUAGGGAAUGGGAUCGUGGUGUUUGAUAGUGAGGAUGAAGAUGAAUGCGAGGAUCUUUUCGCUGGAGUUUGGGACGCGGAGGUUGUGCGGAAGAGGAGGAAUCGGAGGUUUGGUGGGGGGAUAGCGGGGUGGAGGGGGAAGAGUGAGCGGUGA